AUGUUUGUUAAAGUGAUGUUCAAAAAGAAGAAACUAAACUGUGGUCUUAAAAUAGGCUUAUUUAUUAAUGUGAUUUUAAUUUUGACAAUACAAACAGACUGUAAAAAUAUCAAGGCAUCUGUUGAUGACCCUACAACUCAUAAGUCACGAGAUACCGACGAAGUAUUUAUAGUGCAUCCAGGGAAAUACAGCCCGGUACCAUUCCAGUACGAAAGAGAACAGUGGAUGAACGCGGAGUAUGUCGAUGUCUGCUACGAUGAUUAUACUAAAUGUAUGACGAGUCAAAUAUCUCCAACACCAGUUUGCGUGUUCCACAAGCAAACGGUAGUACCGCUUCAAACUGAGUAUAAAUAUCAAACGUCCUAUUGUGACAGUUAUAUGGAAAAUUGUAGAAUUGGUUAUCGAUACUGGCGUCUCCUUGGUUUUGGGAAGUGCGAUUUGACUAGUACCUGGGUCUAUGGAGAAAAUGAAAUCAUAGAAAUUUAGGCUAAGCAUACCUAAUUAUGAAAAAUGAACAGAAUAAACAAAAAAAAUAUACAUUUAUGUUUUCUACUGAAAGCAUGACAAAUUGGUCUACAAUUUGUAACAUAAUAACCAUAAAAAUAAUAACAUAAAAACAAAAGAAUAAACAUAAAAAC